CAGAACCACCAUGAAACAAAGCCAGCCCACAUGAAAUGAGAGCACAAGCAAGCUCCUCAGGCUCAAAGCCUUGAUUUUUCCUGGAAAAUUUAACACCCUUUUGGCUUUGCUGAAAUCUAAGAACAAUAAUCCCCAUUUUCUGUUUACUUUCUUGGAGGAAUUCCUAUUUUAUUUCCCUUUUGCUAAUUUUCUUGGGAAACAAUCACGGUCUCUGUAACGACUUUGAGUGGUAGGAGUGCUAGGCUUUGGCCUCUGGAUUUUGGAUAUCAGAUUAUCAGAGCAAAGGGAAUGGAGAGAGCUUGUGAAUUCUGCACAUCUUUGAGGCCAGUGGUUUAUUGUAAAGCUGAUGAAGCAUAUCUUUGUCUAUCCUGUGAUGCAAAGGUCCAUAAAGCCAAUGCACUGUCCAGCCGCCACCUCAGAACCCUUAUAUGUAACCUAUGCAGAAACCAUUUUGCUUAUGCGCAGUGUUUGGAUCACCAAAUCCUGAUCUGCCGCGGCUGUGAUCAGAAGCUUCACGAUCCCUCCUUGAAACACCAGAAACGAGCUAUCAGAAGUUACAUGGGUUGCCCUUCUGCCAAAGACUUUGCCGUACUUUGGGGUUUUGAAUUGAAUGAGAUAGAAAACAGUGGUUCUGCAGAUUUGAAUGCAGUAAAUCUCUCGGGACAAUUUGGUGAUAAAACUGGAGGCCAUUCAGUGGUAUCUAGGACUAAAUUUGAUGGUGGAUCUAGCAGUCAACAAGGUCAGAAAUUGUACAAAGAUCGAGAGAGACAAGUUAUUCUGCAGCAGAUUAUUGAUUUGAAAAGGCUUCAACAUAGUGAGAACAGUAAUCAUUCUCCACUGGUAACUGGGCUGCAAGAAACAGUCUCUUCUUCUUCAAUGCACCAUACUCGAAAGAACUAUGAUGAUAAAUGUGAUCAGCAUGCACAAAAUCCCCAGGAUUUUACUAAUACUCUUCAGGAAAGAGACAGUCCCAUGGCAGAGCUGAAGCUUGAAAGUUUGUCAUCCACAUUUUCUGAACUAGAUAAUUUACCUUCAUCUCCAAUGAUAGACCUUCCCUUGAACAGUGAGUUCUCCUGGACCUGCAAAAGUCCACUUCAAAGUAAUCAGAUGUGGUCUCAUAAUAUUCAAGACCUUGGGAUAUGUGAAGAACUUAUUUGUCAAGAUGAUUUUAACAUACCUGACGUUGACUUAACAUUCCAAAACAUUGAAGAAUUAUUUGGGGGAGAUCAAGAUCCAGUUAGAGGACUGGUUGGUGAUAAUGAUAUGUCCUGUUCUUCUAUAGAGAAGGAUAUAUCACUUGAUAAGUCAGAUAUCUUCAAUGAAAGAACAAUGGAGGAUUCUUCGGAAGCUGUAUCAAUUGCAAUCUCCCAAUCUGCUAAUGAGGAAAAGGAUAUUGCUCCUCCCAGCCAGUAUGAUCUAAUAAGCAUAGAUCUUCCUCAAAAAAUUAGACCAUCUCAUUCAACUAUGUCAUUCUCUGUUUCAAGAUUUAAUGCUGAAAGCAGUUGUCCUGAUCACCAUGACACUGGUCUUUUUCCUCACAGUGAAGGGAACGGAAAUUCUAGCAGUUUCCCAGAACUGGAAGUUUCAAACACGGAGACUGGAGGAAAUGUCACUGUUAGGCGUGAAAAGCAAGCUCGAGUUCAAUCCAGGAAACCUGUGGUUAAUGUAAGAAAGAGGAUGAAAGGCCAAGUUUCCAAAGCAGAAAGCUAUUGACUGAUGUGUCCAUUUCAGAGUUCAAACUACAAACCACAAGGCUCUUGUUCAUUUGAUCAACUGAUUCUUUCAAUAACAGGCUUAUAUUGUCUAUUCAUAUUAUACUGUAAACACACUUAGCAGCAUAAUAAACUUCUUGCAAUUCAGACCGGUUAAUAUGCGAUUGCUUAGUUAAAAGGAGACUACCCAAAACAUAUAAAUAUAUGUGUGUGUAUAUUUCCUUGAAUUUAACUUCUUUGAUCAUCUUAGCCACUUGUUUCCUCUCUCUCUUUCAAUCAAGCUUUAUCCUGUGCAGAGGAAAUUGUAUAUUUACAGCGGGAGAAAAAUGCCUUUUCUGGCAGCAGCAGCAAUGUCCAGACCAGAGGACAGGAAAUUGACCACAAUGGAAAAGAAUAUGUACAUAACAAUAUUAACUGCUAGCAAAAUUAUGAUGUUUGGUGACUUUGUGUGGCACAAGAAUUUUGCAACCUGCAAUUUUGUGGAA